AUGGGGUUUGAAGGGGUGGAGUUCAUUUUUGAGGCGACUCAAAAAUCGAGGAGAAUGGGGUUUGAAGGGGUGGAGUUCAUUUUUGAGGCGACUCAAAAAUCGAGGAGAAUGGGGUUUGAAGGGGUGGAGUUCAUUUUUGAGGCGACUCAAAAAUCGAGGAGAAUGGGGUUUGAAGGGGUGGAGUUCAUUUUUGAGGCGACUCAAAAAUCGAGGAGAAUGGGGUUUGAAGGGGUGGAGUUCAUUUUUGAGGCGACUCAAAAAUCGAGGAGAAUGGGGUUUGAAGGGGUGGAGUUCAUUUUUGAGGCGACUCAAAAAUCGAGGAGAAUGGGGUUCGAAGGGGUGGAGUUCAUUUUUGAGGCGACUCAAAAAUCGAGGAGAAUGGGGUUUGAAGGGGUGGAGUUCAUUUUUGAGGCGACUCAAAAAUCGAGGAGAAUGGGGUUUGAAGGGGUGGAGUUCAUUUUUGAGGCGACUCAAAAAUCGAGGAGAAUGGGGUUUGAAGGGGUGGAGUUCAUUUUUGAGGCGACUCAAAAAUCGAGGAGAAUGGGGUUUGAAGGGGUGGAGUUCAUUUUGAGGCGACUCAAAAAUCGAGGAGAAUGGGGGGUGGAGUUCAUUUUUGAGGCGACUCAAAAAUCGAGGAGAAUGGGGUUUGAAGGGGUGGAGUUCAUUUUUGAGGCGACUCAAAAAUCGAGGAGAAUGGGGUUUGAAGGGGUGGAGUUCAUUUUUGAGGCGACUCAAAAAUCGAGGAGAAUGGGGUUUGAAGGGGUGGAGUUCAUUUUUGAGGCGACUCAAAAAUCGAGGAGAAUGGGGUUUGAAGGGGUGGAGUUCAUUUUUGAGGCGACUCAAAAAUCGAGGAGAAUGGGGUUUGAAGGGGUGGAGUUCAUUUUUGAGGCGACUCAAAAAUCGAGGAGAAUGGGGUUUGAAGGGGUGGAGUUCAUUUUUGAGGCGACUCAAAAAUCGAGGAGAAUGGGGUUUGAAGGGGUGGAGUUCAUUUUUGAGGCGACUAAAAAAUCGAGGAGAAUGGGGUUUGAAGGGGUGGAGUUCAUUUUUGAGGCGACUCAAAAAUCGAGGAGAAUGGGGUUUGAAGGGGUGGAGUUCAUUUUUGAGGCGACUCAAAAAUCGAGGAGAAUGGGGUUUGAAGGGGUGGAGUUCAUUUUUGAGGCGACUCAAAAAUCGAGGAGAAUGGGGUUUGAAGGGGUGGAGUUCAUUUUUGAGGCGACUCAAAAAUCGAGGAGAAUGGGGUUUGAAGGGGUGGAGUUCAUUUUUGAGGCGACUCAAAAAUCGAGGAGAAUGGGGUUUGAAGGGGUGGAGUUCAUUUUUGAGGCGACUCAAAAAUCGAGGAGAAUGGGGUUUGAAGGGGUGGAGUUCAUUUUUGAGGCGACUAAAAAAUCGAGGAGAAUGGGGUUUGAAGGGGUGGAGUUCAUUUUUGAGGCGACUCAAAAAUCGAGGAGAAUGGGGUUUGAAGGGGUGGAGUUCAUUUUUGAGGCGACUCAAAAAUCGAGGAGAAUGGGGUUUGAAGGGGUGGAGUUCAUUUUUGAGGCGACUCAAAAAUCGAGGAGAAUGGGGUUUGAAGGGGUGGAGUUCAUUUUUGAGGCGACUCAAAAAUCGAGGAGAAUGGGGUUUGAAGGGGUGGAGUUCAUUUUUGAGGCGACUCAAAAAUCGAGGAGAAUGGGGUUUGAAGGGGUGGAGUUCAUUUUUGAGGCGACUCAAAAAUCGAGGAGAAUGGGGUUUGAAGGGGUGGAGUUCAUUUUUGAGGCGACUCAAAAAUCGAGGAGAAUGGGGUUUGAAGGGGUGGAGUUCAUUUUUGAGGCGACUCAAAAAUCGAGGAGAAUGGGGUUUGAAGGGGUGGAGUUCAUUUUUGAGGCGACUCAAAAAUCGAGGAGAAUGGGGUUUGAAGGGGUGGAGUUCAUUUUUGAGGCGACUCAAAAAUCGAGGAGAAUGGGGUUUGAAGGGGUGGAGUUCAUUUUUGAGGCGACUCAAAAAUCGAGGAGAAUGGGGUUUGAAGGGGUGGAGUUCAUUUUUGAGGCGACUCAAAAAUCGAGGAGAAUGGGGUUUGAAGGGGUGGAGUUCAUUUUUGAGGCGACUCAAAAAUCGAGGAGAAUGGGGUUUGAAGGGGUGGAGUUCAUUUUUGAGGCGACUCAAAAAUCGAGGAGAAUGGGGUUUGAAGGGGUGGAGUUCAUUUUUGAGGCGACUCAAAAAUCGAGGAGAAUGGGGUUUGAAGGGGUGGAGUUCAUUUUUGAGGCGACUCAAAAAUCGAGGAGAAUGGGGUUUGAAGGGGUGGAGUUCAUUUUUGAGGCGACUCAAAAAUCGAGGAGAAUGGGGUUUGAAGGGGUGGAGUUCAUUUUUGAGGCGACUCAAAAAUCGAGGAGAAUGGGGUUUGAAGGGGUGGAGUUCAUUUUUGAGGCGACUCAAAAAUCGAGGAGAAUGGGGUUUGAAGGGGUGGAGUUCAUUUUUGAGGCGACUCAAAAAUCGAGGAGAAUGGGGUUUGAAGGGGUGGAGUUCAUUUUUGAGGCGACUCAAAAAUCGAGGAGAAUGGGGUUUGAAGGGGUGGAGUUCAUUUUUGAGGCGACUCAAAAAUCGAGGAGAAUGGGGUUUGAAGGGGUGGAGUUCAUUUUUGAGGCGACUCAAAAAUCGAGGAGAAUGGGGUUUGAAGGGGUGGAGUUCAUUUUUGAGGCGACUCAAAAAAUCGAGGAGAAUGGGGUUUGA